GGCAAAACUAGUAGCCAGCUGUAUGAAGGAACUGAUGUAGCACAGCAAAUGCAAGCUGAGAACAUGGUCUUGGAGCUUAUUAAUAGCCCAGAUUGCCUUAGCCAGUGCCAGCUUUUAUUAGAACAAAGAGCGAUACGAUCCUUGUAAGGCUGAUGGAUGAUGCACUGCAUUGGAGAUGACUUGGACAAAAAGAAAAAGCAUCUAGCUUUCAGUUUCAUUACUUCCUAAAGUUUGUAAUCAAGGUGCAUGUAAUCUGUAGAGCCAUGUAUACCCAGUGUGCUGUAACCUGGUAUAGAUAAACAUUGCCUACUCUUAUUCCCAGCUGUCAGCUAUGAUGAAGAAAAAUUGUACUAAAAAAAAAGUCUUUAAAUUGUUCGUCUGUCAGCUUAAAGCACUCUUCUCAUUACUCAGUUUCAUUUUUGAUGUUUAUCUUCAUGAUUAAAUAUGUGUGAAAUGAUAGGAGAGUUGAUUCUGAUUUGAUGGUUCAAGCUGAGUUCAGUAUUGGUCUCUGUGUUUUCCAGGUAUUUCAGAGACAUCCUUUAAGACAGUCUGAGUAUUGGGAUAUAGUACCAUAUAAUUAUUGGGUAACACCUUGGAAGAACCAACCAAAGCCAUCAGGCUAACACAUGCUUAACUAGUUUAUUCAGCCAUAAUGUAAUUUAGUUAUUACAAAACCUGUUACAUAAACAAUUCAUUGUAGAAAAGUAUUUAAAUAUUUACAUUUGUCAGCAGUGUGUUGUGCCUGAUCCUUUAAUUAAUGUGUAAUUAAUGUAUAAGUUGUUUCUGAGGAAUCCAUUUUUGGGUCAGUCGUUGAGCUCUGGAUUGAUUAUUUAACUGAUGGCCUUGGGAGCUGGGGAGCCAAACAAGAGCAGCAAAGCUGUGCCUGACUAAUGGGAGUCCACGGUGUAUUCCAGAUGCUGUGCCUGGAUCUAAUUCCUUGUGAAACAAACUCAACAUGAAGUAGUGCUCCAAUAUACCUUCUGGAUUCCUGGUCUGGAUGCUGGAGACCAACCUAAGAGAAAUUCUGUAGGCCCCAACAGCUACCCAAUUUAUAUACGGUUUUCAUUCUUAUUUCUCCUUUCCAUGUGAUAUGUAAUCAAUUUAAGCAACUUAAAUAACUUAAGACUAAGAACUUCAGGUACUGAAUUACAUGUAGGUAAAAAAAUUUCUUUUGUGGUUAUGUUUGAAGUGUACAUUGCUGAACAGACUCUGAAUAUAUAUGUUUUUAGAUUACAUAGCUUUACUCAAUAGUUGGUAACAUUUAGAAUUUAUGUUGAAGAAAUCAUAAUUUCGUGAAAUUGUCUGGUGCUUUGAGCCAUUAGCAGCAUCUGUAGUUUCAAGUCCUUUAAUAGAGGAUCCUUCUGUUAUGCUUUAGAAAUUCUCAAAUUCUAAAGGCGUUGUACUUUAAAAAAGAAAAAGAAGAUAUCUUUGAUGCAGAGCUGAAACGGAGGUAAUUAUCUCAUGGUUCUAAAUCAAGUGAUUUAAAAGUACAUAUUUCAAAACUAAAAAACUGCACUGAAUAAUAAAAUUACUUGUAGUUGUGUGAUUUUCAUCAAAAGGGAUAAGAUUCCACUUCUGAUACUGUUUCUUUAGAUUGAAGCAAAGAUAUUACUAAGAUAAAUUUUCUUAUAAAUUUUUGUUCCACUUAAACCAAAAACCUGAUAACCACUGAAUAUGACUUAUUGACCCUGCCUUUAAUUAUCCUACUUUUGAAUUGCGUGUUUUGAUAUAUUUCUGUAGACAUCCUAUGCUUGAGUUCUAGCAGCAACUUGCCUGUCUAGGCUUGUAAGCAGGGCAUCUCCAUUACCUAUUGAACAAAGGAUUGACAUCCGAAAUUACCUUCUGAACUAUGUAACUUCUCAACCCACACUGGCUCCUUUGGUCACACAAGCUCUUGUUCAAGUCAUUGCUAAAAUUACCAAAUUAGGAUGGUUUGGCAUACUGAAAGACCAGCUUGUCUUCAAAGAUGUCAUCGCUGAUGUAGAAGAAUUCUUGCAGGUCACCUGACAAGAUGUUUUUUUGGCAAAACCUUUAACCCUUUGUGAUCAAUGGCAACGAAGUCUAGCAGCAUCUGCUGAAACUUGUACUAAAUUGUCUUAAUUUGGAUUCCAUUGGAAACUCAGCUGAUAAAUCUGCAGAUGACCUACACACUGUGCAGAUUCCAGGAAGCUGGAGAAGAAGUAAGAAAGGAUCAGAGUUGCUAGCAAUUUCUUCCUGGAGCCAGAGACCUUGGACCUGUUUUUUGAUUUGUAUCAUUGCCUUCCACCAAUGUUGUCUCAGUUAUUCAGUUUGCUUCUACAAGGGGAUCUUUAUUUAAUAAUCCAGAAGGUGCCAGGUAUCUUGGUAAUCUAAUCAAAGGAGCGAAACAAACACUCGAAAAUCCACAGAUGACAAACUAUCAACUAGGAGAGUUGUGGCAGAUUACCCAGAAGUUAUCCAGCUCAUAGCAAAUUAUACUAUCACUGGCCUGCAGAGGUGGCCUGGAAGAUCCACUGGAUGAUACAGCUACAGUUGUCAAGCAACUGGAGCAAUUACACAGUUAGCAGGUGUGGAUGUGAAAAGACCUGUACACUUCUUGGACAGUUGUUUGACCAAAAUGCACAAAACUACUGAAAACUAUUGCACUCUUCUAGUAGGAAUCCAUUAGAAAUCAGAGUCCAGGAAGGACGUCUGGCAUGGCUUGUCUGCUUUGUGGGUACUUUUGUGGGGAGAAGAUUAAUGCACACUGGCACUGAUGAACAUGAUGCUGUGGGUGGAGAAUUACCCUGUCGUGUUACAAACCUUAAAUACCGAGGAAGAUGUGAGCCUGUGAUUUCAAGAACUCUCCCGUUUCUAAAUGACCUUUCUGUGGAAUAUCCUUUUUUGGUGUAUGACUUCAUUUGCAUAUAAUAAGAGUAAGCAUUUCCCCUUCUUGGGCUUCAGUGAUAAUUACAAUAUCAGCGACCUCUGGUGCUGGACAGUGUUCUGUACUGCUCUCACCCGUCUUCUCAUGGUAAAUUUAGGAGGGUAAGAGGAGGCUCAAGCUUGUUGGUGAGGAGAACAAAAACUAGUACUAUAUUGGAGCUGACUGAGGAAAGGAGACAGAAAAAGCUGGAUGAACGCUAUGGAACUACUGUGAAUAAGAGGGAGGGAACAGAAGGCCUCAAGAAAGGCAAAUAAAAAGGCUGAAUCAGGUCAGCAGAAAGGAAUGGAGAGAAGAUGGUGGAGGAGUGAGCAAAGAUGGAUGGGAUUCAAGUCCACCAAAUCCUAUUGCUGCCAGCAGUGGCUUUGAAAUCUGACACAGCAUCUCAGCUUGCUUUGUUCUGCACGGGCAGGAUGGAAGGUGAGCGUUGUUCUGUGGUACUGAGCGAAUGGUGUCUGACAAACAGAGAAGACAAAAGAAAAGGAGGAAGGUGUGAAAUGCAGAGACAUGCCAGUCUCAGGUGAAGAUGAGAAUGAGUUUAAGAAUUUCAUGCUGCCCCUCACAGUUUCAUUUGAGAGUGUGACUCAGAUGCUCAACAGUAGUUUAGAACAAGAGGCAAAGCGUAUGUUGAUCGGGCUGGCAAGAGAUCUUCGAGGGAUUGCCUUUGCACUAAACACAAAGACCAGCUACACCAUGCUGUUUGACUGGAUAUACCCUACAUACAUUUCUGUUCUGCAAAAAGCUACUGAACUGUGGUACCAGGAACCUGCGUGUGCAACACCUGUAUUGAAACUGAUGGCAGAAUUCAUGCAAAACAGGUCACGACGUUUAAAUUUUGAUGGAUCAUCUCCAAAUGGAAUUCUUCUCUUCAGAGAAGCUAGUGAAAUGAUUUGUACAUACAGUGAUCAGAUCCUGUCUCUUGGGACUUUGUCAGAAGAUCAGGUUUAUCCGCUGAAACUCAGGGGCGUUUCCAUCUGUUACUCUGCACUCAAAUCUGCCUUAUGUGGAAAUUAUAUCCGCUUUGGCUUCUUCGAGUUGUAUGGGGACAACCACUUUGACAGCGUACGUCAGGCCUUUGUCAGAACGCUGCUUUCAGCAUCCCUCGGCGACUUGCUACAAUACUGAAAACCAAGCCAGUCUUAUUACCCACUUUUGGAACGUCUGACCCAAGAUCACAUGGAUUUCAUUACCAGCUUAGAGCCUUGUGUCCUGAUCUAUAUCCUUACCUCAGUGUCUGGAGGACUCACUGCUCUAGAUACAGUCGUCUCUUCCAGCUGUUGUGCUAGUUUAGACUACACUGUCACGUAGCUCUUCAAGCAUGUAGUUUAAGAGGGCAGCAAGGCUCUGUGGUGUACAGAAACUUCACAGAAUGGACAAAGAUUGCUUAAUUUCAUGCAGCAUAACCCAAAAGUUCUACAGCAGAUGAUGUCAGUCCUAAUGAACACAAUCAUUUUUGAAGACUAGAACCAACAGUCUGUGUCAGGACCACUGCUUGAAUUUAUACUUCUUGAUGAGAAGUACUUCAGUGAGCUGAGGGCAACUUUGAUAAACAGCCAGCCUGGCAGCAUACAGCAAGUCCUUGAGCAGUGCUUCAGGAACCUCAUGGAAGGAGUUGAGCAGAAGCUUUCAGUGGAGAACAGAGACUGGUUCACCCAGAACGUGUCAGUGUCGAGGGACGUGGCUGAGGUGCUGCACAGUGAAGGGGCGGCCGAUGCAGGCAGCUUGGGAAUGAAGAACUGACAAGGACUGGGGAAAGCAGAGCUGGCUAAUAAAUCUGUUCUGAAAGCUUUGGA